AUGGCCUUAUCAAAAAUUACGAGGGAAUUCGCAGUAACUGAAAUAUCUCCGGAUCAAUUAUAUUUCUGUACAGUAGAAUAUCGAACAAACUCAACAAAUUCCAUUUGGUAUUAUUACCCGGAUAAAGAUGUACAUUAUGAUGGUUUUUACAAGGAUUUCGGACCUUAUAAUCUUUCUGUUCUAUAUCGCUUUUGUAACAAAUUAAAUACUCAAUUAAAGAAAUCUAAUGGGAAACGAAAAAUUGUUAUUUGUUGUUCGAAAAUGGAUCAGGCAUUGGUAAACACAGCUUAUUUAGUUGGAUCGUAUGCUAUUAUUUACUUGGGCAUGUCUGCUGAUACGGCUUAUACACGAUUAAGCGGUGCAGUUUCGAAUGGUUUUAUCGGUUUUAUUGAUGCAGCAAUGGGUGCGCCAACUUAUAAGCUUCAUCUUCAUGACGUGCUACGUAGUGUGCAAAAGGCUUUGCAUUUCAAAUGGCUUUCAUUUGAAUCAUUUGAUCCUGAUGAAUAUGAAUUUUAUGAAAAAGUGGAAAAUGGUGAUCUCAAUUGGAUAAUUCCUGGAAAAAUCUUAAGUUUUUGCGGUCCGCAAAAUGAGGCCUAUUGCAUUGAUGGGUACCCAUAUCAUUCUCCAGAACAUUAUUUCGAUUAUUUCCGGAGAAAUGGCAUAACUACUAUUAUACGAUUAAAUAAACGCAUGUAUGAUGCUAGAAAAUUUAUAAAAGCUGGCUUCGAUCAUAUUGAUUUGUUUUUCGUGGAUGGUACAACUCCUUCUGAUGCAAUUGUAGAACGUUUCAUCAAUUCUGUAGAUGCUGCAAGUGGAGGUGUUGCAGUACAUUGCAAAGCUGGUCUUGGGCGCACUGGUACACUCAUUGCUUGUUGGUUAAUGAAGGAAUUUGAAUUGACAGCAGCAGAAAGUAUGGCUUGGAUUCGAAUUUGUCGACCUGGUUCCGUUUUAGGGCCGCAACAACAAUUUCUAAUUGAGAAACAACCAUGGUGUUGGGCAUUGAAAUCUAAAAGAAAAGAUACAAGCCCAUCUUCAAAUCUGGCUUCCAAAGUGAUCAUUUUAAAUACAUUUAAUUUGUUCAAAUUUUUUUUAGUUUUUAAUGGAUUAUUUACUAAUGCUCUGGAUGAAACGGGUCGAACCCAAGGGGAUCGUUUAUUAGCGCGAAAAGCGAUAGCACAACGACAUAUAUCAUUCGCUGUUUUCACUUCUCCAACAACUCCGAUCAAACCUAUGAAUGCUUCAGGUCGAACUAAAAAGAGCAGUUACCUUCGUCGAGGAUUACGUUGCAGUGUUCAGCCUCCUCCGGUUUGA